AUGGAUACGUCGGAUGGUACUAUAGAUAGAUCUUCGCCUUCUCCACCUGCCGCUGACCAGUAUCUAUCUGAUUCACAGCACAACACUGACCUUUCAAUCGAAAACCAAAUAAGGAUUGACGAACCUAUGCCUUCUUGCUCCUCCACCAUCCCUGUAGCUGCACACCAAAAUCAAUACAGAUCAAACACUGAUAAAUCAUCAAUCGGAGAUGAUAAUGAUGAUCCGAUCUUUCGAACGUUAAUAAUGAUUCAAGAGAUCUUACAAUCUAAUAAUGAUUUGAUAGUUUCAGAUACUAACAGACUUAUUAAUCUGGCCGAGAACACCAAAAUGCAACUUGAUCAAAUUAAUCAACAUAUACAAAAAUUCGAAGAGGGAAGAGAGCGAAGAAAGUUGAAUAUGAAAAUACAAAUUGAUCAAGCUGUUCAUCAAGCCCUUACGAAUUUCCUAAGUGUAGGAGAACAUCAAGUUCCAUACAACCAGAAUGAUACCAACGCAUCCGCUUCAAAUAGCAGGAAAGAGAAAGGAAAAGAGAGAGAGAAAGAGAAUGGUGGUAAUGGUGCAAAACGAGUUGGAAGAAGGGAGAUCCAAGAGCUUGCUUAUCCCUUUUUCGCGAGUACUAAAUCACCCGAUGAUCAAUCUGAGUCGCCUACUGAUAAUAUGGAGUUGCAAGACCGAACCGACAAGCCUGAGCAAAGUAUAGAUCUCGAAAGUCAACGGGAGCUACCCAAUGUGAAAUCCAGAAGAUCAUAUACAAAAGACACAUCCAAGAAAGUCCCUAAAAAUGCACCAGUCAUUGACCUUACUUUAUCCAACGAUGAUGAGGGCGAUAGCGAGAUUACAAUCACGCGCACUCCAAAAUCGUUACCCACUUAUAGAUCAAAAACUUCUUCUUCGACUGGACAUAGAUUUCCACUCGAGUCAUAUCAGGCACAGGCACAGACAACUUCGUGCAAUAGCCUUCUCCCGAGAUCACAUCUCAUCAAGUCAACUCCCCGGCGAUCUGGUAUAUCUGGAUUGACCCCACCAUCUCGAUCCACCACCAAUCACGGUACCAGCAAUUCAAAGAGCGGCGUUAAAAGAAGAUUCACUUCAGGUUCAAAUAGUCAACCAGCCAACCGGGGAGAGAUGAGUAAGAGGAGAAGUGCUUUCAGACGACUGGAUUCCCUUGCAGAAGAGGAGGAAGAGCUUGACAGUGUAGUAGAUCGUAUCAUAGGAAAAAAGGAAGCUAGACUCGACCCCAACGGAAAGAAGAAGUACCUAUACCUGAUCAGGAAAUCAGGUCAACCAGUCUCUUCAUGUAAAUGGGAGAAUAAGUCUGAUGAGCAACUGGAUGAUAAGGUCUUCAACUUACUGCAAGAAUGCGGAAAUCAUCAAAUCAAUUUUAGACAGAAAGUGGUUCUCCUUCCUGAAGCUAGAGAGUUUUGGGACAAUGAAGGAAAUAGGAAGGAGACGAGUAAAGAGAAGAUCACUGAUGAUGGAUUAUGUGAGAGAAGUUUCUCGCACGCUGAGGUAGUACUGAUCUCAGUGAACAGAUGA